AUGGCUUCGAACCCCGGUCUUGUCAUCGCUGACCCUGGCCUACCCCGGCCAAAUCCAACGCAGCCAUACUGGCAGGAUGUUGCUCACCCCCUGGCUGAGGUGCAAUCCUCCGAGUUGCCGGCCUCUGCUGACUAUACCAUCAUUGGGUCUGGAAUCACGGGCCUGUCCGUAGCGAAGACCUUGUUAGAGAAUAAUCCUAACUGUACUGUCACUGUUCUCGAGGCUCGGAAGUUGUGUUCUGGUGCGACCGGGCGAAAUGGUGGCCAGUUGGCUCCAAAUGCGGGAGAAGAGUACAUGAGUCUGUCGGAGACCUAUGGGCCUCAUGCGGCAGGGAAAAUCGUCCGGUUCACCUUCCGGAACAUACAGGAGAUGCGUGUCCUGGCCCGACAGUACGCGCCGGAAGAGAGCGAACUGCAGGAUGUGCAGAAGCUGCGGGUUUUCGAAACACCGGAGAUGUUUGACCGAUUCCAGAGCAGUAUUGCUCUAUUGGAGAAAGAUCAUCCAGACCUGAAAGGGCUGUAUACCAUCCUUGAUCAGGAGACUGUCCUCCAGAAAUACGGUAUUCACGGUGCCUCUGGAGGAGCACUCGUCCCGGCAGGCACACUGUGGCCCUAUCGGCUAGUGACCAAAGUGUGGGCAGCUUUGGUAGAGAAAUAUUCCUCGCGUCUCUCCAUCGAAACCAGCACCCCCGUCACAGCGGUGAGUGGCUCGGGGUCUUACACCGUCCACACACCACGAGGGUAUAUCCAGACCGCAAACGUGGUCUACUGCACGAAUGGCCACACCGGGCAUCUCCUGCCCGCUCUCCGAGGCCAUAUCUAUCCCUUCAAGGGAACCAUGACGGUGCAGGACCCUGGCAACAGCCUUCCCAACCAAGGCUCCUCCCUUUCAUGGGGGCUCCACUAUCCCAUCUCCCAUGACCCCGAAACCGACAAAUACGCCUCUGGCCUGUUCUAUCUCGCCCAGAGCGUCAAGACCGGCUUCUUCUACUUCGGCGGCGAACGUACAUUGCUCCGAGACACCCUGAGCCCAGACGACUCCACGCUCGGACGCGGCUCCCUGGCCAACUUGCAGCAGACGCUCCCCGCCUAUUUCGGCCGCCCGUCGGAACAAUGGAAGCUGGUAAGUGCGUGGAGCGGUAUCAUGGGCUUCUCGUCCGACGGCCUGCCCGUCGUCGGGCGGCUGCCUUUGUCGAUAACGCGUCGCAGCGGUAACGGUGAAUGGAUUGCCGCCGCGUUCAACGGAUACGGCAUGGCCAACUGUCUCCUGGCGGGCGAAGCCCUUGCCCGGAUGAUGCUGGGCGACGACGUGAGCGCGUGGUUCCCCGAGACGUACCUGGUCGAUGAAGAGCGUGUCCGACGCGCAGAGAAAGACUUGGAGCCGACGGCAAAGCUGUAA